AAUAAAAAUCACAUCCUCUCCUUCCUCGCAAAGCUACAAACUGUAAGAUGUCAUCUCCUCUCCGCUUCGGUGCUUCUCCGGCAUUUCACAACUCCCAUCGCUACCACAAUAAACACUCACUGUAAGAGGCGAUUUCCACCAAUUCUCUUCCUUUUCAAGAUUUUUCGUGUCUCUGUCUAUUGCUGCGGAUAGGGCAAGCGAUCUAUAUCAGUUCCUUUUUCAGGCAUUUCUGCAAUGCACCGUGUGGGCAGUGCAGGCAACACAUCCAACUCAUCCCGUCCUCGGAAGGAGAAGCGGUUAACGUAUGUGCUAAAUGAUGCAGACGACACAAAGCACUGUGCAGGCAUAAAUUGCUUAGCCGUAUUGAACUCAUCACAACCUGAUGGUUGUGAUUAUCUAUUUACGGGAAGCCGAGAUGGGACACUGAAGAGGUGGGCAUUGGCUGAAGAUGCAGCCACCUGUUCUGCAACAUUUGAGUCGCAUGUCGACUGGGUUAAUGAUGCCGUCCUUGCAGGCAACACCCUCAUAUCCUGUUCUUCGGACACCACACUCAAGAUGUGGAAUUGUUUGUCUGAUGGGACAUGCACCAAAACACUCCGCCAGCACUCUGACUAUGUAACCUGUCUUGCUGCAGCAGAAGAAAAUAGCAAUAUUGUUGCCUCUGGUGGCCUUGGUGGGGAGGUUUAUAUAUGGGAUCUUGAAGCAGCGCUCGUUCCUGUUUCAAAGUCUGUUGAUGCAAUGGAGGAAGAGAGUUCAAAUGGAAUAAUUGGUCCUGGAAAUUCUGGGCUGUCCAUUACCAGUCUCCGCACUAUUAGUUCAAGCAGCAACAUCUCUCUGCAUCCAACUCAGCCGCAUGGAUACAGUCCAAUUGCUGCCAAAGGUCAUAAAGAGUCAGUAUAUGCAUUAGCAAUGAAUGAUAGUGGAACCCUACUCGUUUCUGGUGGGACUGAGAAGGUGGUGCGUGUUUGGGAUCCUAGAACUGGUUCAAAGAACAUGAAGCUAAGGGGGCAUACUGACAACAUUAGGGCAUUGCUUCUGGAUUCAACUGGCAGGUAUUGCUUAUCAGGCUCUUCAGAUUCUAUGAUCCGACUCUGGGAUCUCGGUCAGCAGCGAUGCGUUCAUUCCUAUGCUGUCCAUACAGAUUCUGUUUGGGCACUUGCGAGCACCCCAACGUUCAGCCAUGUUUAUAGUGGUGGGAGGGACCUCUCUUUGUACCUGACGGACUUGUCAACAAGGGAGAGCAUUUUGCUUUGCACAAAGGAACACCCCAUCUUACAGUUGGCCUUGCAAGAUGAUAGUAUAUGGGUUGCAACAACAGAUUCCUCUUUGCAUAGGUGGCCAGCUGAGGGACGUAACCCACAGAAGGUUUUUCAAAAAGGUGGUUCAUUCUUGGCUGGCAAUUUGUCAUUUACGCGGGCAAGGGCUUUAGAAGGAUCUAGUCCUGUGCCUGUUUACAAAGAGCCAUCAUUCACAAUUCCUGGAACACCGGGCAUUGUGCAGCAUGAGAUUUUGAACAACAGAAGGCAGGUCUUGACUAAGGAUGCUGCCGGCUCUGUAAAGUUGUGGGAGAUCACGAGGGGCAUUGUGGUUGAGGACUAUGGCAAGGUUUCCUUCGAAGAAAAGAAAGAAGAGCUGUUUGAAAUGGUAAGCAUUCCUGCAUGGUUCACCAUGGAUACUCGGCUUGGGAGCUUGUCUGUCCAUUUGGACACCCCACAAUGCUUUUCAGCAGAGAUGUAUGCAGUUGAUCUGAACAUUUCAGGGGCAUCUGAAGAUCUAAAGAUCAAUCUAGCUCAUGAGACUCUACGUGGUCUAUUGGCUCAUUGGUUGGCCAGGAGAAAGCAGAAGGCAUCACCCGUUUCAGCUAAUGGUGAUGUAUCAUUGGGUAAAGAUAUUCCCAUUAGAAAUCAUUCCCAUUCAAGAGUCGAGGUUCAUGAUGGAGCUGAAAACCACAGCACCAUAGCCCAUCCUUCAUUUGAGUUUUCAACUGUCUACCCUCCUUCCAUCAUUACUGAGGGCUCUCACGGAGGUCCUUGGCGAAAGAAAAUCACAGACUUAGAUGGCACCGAAGAUGAAAAGGAUUUUCCAUUGUGGUGCUUAGAUUGUGUAUCGAUUGGCCGAUUACCUCCCAGAGAAAAUUCCAAAUGCAGCUUUUAUCUACAGCCAUCUGAAGGUUCAACCAUCCAAGUUCUCACGCAAGGGAAGUUGAGUGCACCGCGGAUAUUGAGGAUACACAAAGUUAUUAACUAUGUCGUAGAAAAAAUGGUUCUUGACAAACCGAUGGACGGUGGGAACUCAGACGGGACAUUUACAUCAGCACUGCCAGGAGGACAAUCACAACUUCCAAUAAUUGGAGAUGGCUCAUUCCGGUCUGGCUUGAAGCCAUGGCAAAAGCUAAAGCCAUCUAUAGAGAUCUUAUGUAAUAAUCAGGUCUUAUCCCCUGAAAUGAGCUUAGCUACUGUGCGGGCAUAUAUAUGGAAGAAGCCAGAUGAUUUGAUCCUUAAUUACAGGGUGGUGCAGGGAAGAUGAUUAGUCCAUGGGACCACCAGUGACAGAUUGAUUUAUGGAACUUGGAAUCAAUGGCAGGGGACGGAAUUUUAGAAUGUAAAAAUGCUAUUUAUUUCUUCAGGAUGCUGGUUGUAGUCAAGAUUACUUGUUUCUUCCUUGUCAAGCAGGGAGUUGGAGCCAUGGAUGAAGCUAUAUAAAUUUAUUCUUCAAAGUCUGCUCACAAGAUUGCCCGGUCUUGAAGUGUGAUGCUUGGGUGGUGGGUGAGAUUAUUGGAUGGACACUGUUUUAUGCGAAGGGCUUGGGGGUGGAUGAGAAAUGGACUGUGUAUCUGAUGAUUGGAGGACCUCAAUUGAAAAUGAUAAAGAGUUCCAAGAGCCCAGAGUGUGAGAAUGUUGAUGAUGUCGAAAGCCAUUGUAGAUUUGAAUCAGUAAAGUAACUCUUUAGGAGGUAAAUUACCUUGAAAUAAGUACUUCCGCAACCGUAUUAUUCAUUUAUGUUUUGUUUCUCCCAAGAGUUUGUUUUCAGAUAGUUAAAUAACACUUUUCUAAUGGCAUGCGGUUGCUCAAAAGUGUCGGUUGAUUGUAACAUAAUUUCAUGUGUUUUGAUUUUAUGAGGCGCUACGCAUUAUCCA